AAACAUCGGUGGAUGCCUGGCGCUGAGUGUGGAGGCUGGAUGGGCUUUCUAGAAGGGGAAAGAGCUGGGAGGCUGGCGCCAAGAUGCACAGAGCAAUUUGUAAGAGUAAAUGAAUGGGCUGACGAUCUCAUUCUGGCGUGUUGAGGCAAGCCCCAUCUCAAGCGAGGGCUGAGUUUCCCUGGGAAAAUCUUUUUUUUUCUCCUUUCUCUCUCUGCUGAGCAGUUUCGAGCCAAGCAGGGGAAACACAGGACUGAAACUGUGAAGGCUUUCGGCACCACUUUCUGAUACUGUGAAGGAGCCUUAGAAAUCAGAGACGGCUCCAAUCCCAUCUAGGCUUUCUAUCUUCAUGCCAAAAGGAACUUCUUUGAGGUGGUUCUAAGAACUGUCGUAGGCAAAGUGUUGGGUUUCUCUAAGGGGACUUGUUUGUUGGGUUGGAACAGUCCCAAGUGGGAAGGUUACAGUGCGCUGGUUAAACAUACGCACUCUUUAGUCAGCCUGACCUAGGUUCAAACCAGACCUCCGCUCCUCAAGGGCUGUGCGAUCUGGAUUUGGACAGGUCAUUCAACGGACCUGAGCUUCAUUUUCCUCACCUAGGAAAUGGGUACAACAACGUUUUGUAGGAUUCUUGAGAGAGUUAAGUGUGGUAAAGGCUGUAAAACGCUUAGCACAGAGCCGUGGUCUAAAGAUGCGUCCAACAAAACGUGGUUGAUUUUACUCAGAGGCAGUUCAAAGACGGAGGAAGGUGAGCGUGGUUUUCAGCGAGGUCAUCUCUCUUGCCUGACAGGAUGCAGGGGCCUUUCUGCCCACAUCUGGGAUUUAGAAUCCCCAUUGGGUGAUGCUUUCAUCAUGGAUUUCUGCUUGGGGUCCAGGCCUCAGAGAAGGUGGGAUGAGGCUGGGACUCUGGGCUGCUGUAGCCUGGGUUUGGGGAGCUGGCAGAAGCCAGGCUUCUAAAACACAGACUACCCUCUUCCUGCCACCCUCAGAGGUGAGUGGGCAGAGUCAAGGGUUGAACCAUCUUUUUUUCUCUAGCUACUCCUUAAUAGAUUGUUUUAAGAACUUGAAGAACUGACAGUAGAGCAGUUGGGGGGUCCUCACUGCAGACAAGUUUCCCUGAUACGAGUCAGCUCUUGGAUUCUCUUGGGUUAGCCGACUAUGUUCAUGGUACGACCACUGGGCAUCAGAUUUCUCUUGAAUGAACUCCCUGGGGUUGACGAUGUGUUUACAACUGGAAUAAGAGCAGGGGCAGGGGAGCCAACAUAUGGGUUCAAGUCCCAGCUCUGCCAUUAAUUAGCUGUGUGACCUUGGCCAAGUCACUUCACCUGAGUGUCAGUUUCCUCACCUGUAAAUUGUGGCCAUAUUGGUACCCACCUCAUGGAGGUGUUGGGGUAUCCAAUAGCUUUAGGAAAGCAAUUGGUUUGAAGCAGUUGGUUUAAAGUGGUUCAAAGCAAUCUAAAAUUCUCUUGUCACUUCACACAGAAACAACCAAUCAGUGAGCAUUUUGGAAUCCCUUGCUUUCUAUUUCUCUAUUCUUUGAAACAAAAAAAAACCAUCUUGUGAUGUGUCUCCAUCCCACUUAGAUCUGUUGGUUAAAACAGCAGAGGCUGUGGACCGAAAUGUAUUCAUUGGUGCCCCUUAGGGGGUAAGUAUCCUGAAGCUGGGUUACGUGAACAAAGACGUUUCCUGUUCUUCUCCUCCUUUAUGACUGGAUUUUGAAGUCAGAUCUCCUGACAGUUGAGGCUUCUCCUUUUGGGGUGGGGUCAGAGGAACCUGUGCCUGCUGAGUAAUUGCAGGCAGACUCUGAAGUCACCCUGAGAGAUCACAAUGAUGGAGUCUCAGUGCCUGGGGGCUCAAGUGACUUUACUGAUAAGGGGUGGGGGGUGGGCAGCGAAUCAAAUGCUUGGCUUGCAAGUUUUGAGCUGCUGCUGCGGUGGCCAGGGAUGUUGCUGUUACAGUCCCCCUAAAAGGGCUGAGUUAAGAGAAUUGGUCCUAGCGUCCGUUUUGAGCCCCCAAAGAACAACCAUGUCUUGCUAGACCCUGGUGUAGUGGAAAAAGCCAGAUGUGUACGUGAUUCUACCAGUCAGCAACUUAAGGAUCCUGGUGAAUGUGCUUCUCCUCCCUGGCCGUCUGUUUCCUUCUCUGUCCAAUAAGGACUAAAACACCUACCUGGACAGGGAAACAGUGAGCUCCCAUCUGUGGGCCACCCGGCCUGGAGGAGGAGCUCCAUAAACGCGGGCCCGAUUACUAGGCCACUUCGAAGGGCAGCUCUCGAGGAGCAUGGAGGCCAAGGCGGUGGAGUCAGAAGCCAGCUCUAGGCAGCUGGCAGGUGGAGCGCACGGGCCUUUGAUGUGGUUGGGCUGGACGCGGCCUCUGCAAGUGGCCAGGGGCCGCCAGCCCAGGUCGUAGGCGCUGGGGGAACUAGAGCCAGUCGCAAAGGAUCCUGGGGCGGUGGGGGAUCCCGGAAGUCGCUGCUUGCUGCCUUCCUCUCGCGGGAAAACAGCUCCCCCGGGGGCGCCCGGCCGCAGGAAGGCUGCCCUCUUUAGAGUCCUAAAUGGAGUGGUGGCCAAAUGGUGGUCGAGGGCCUCCUGGGUGCUCAGUCGGCUUGCGCAGUCCUGUCUCGCCCAACGAGGAAAUGAGAGGAUCGAGAUUAAGUGAUCAGCACGCAGUAGGUCUAUCAGUGGAGGAGAGAGAAGGAAUUUCAGAUCUGUGCGGCUGCUAAAGAAUGACCCGGUUAACUUCCAGAAGUUCCCCUACACUACCGAGGAUGAGGCCUGGAAGACCUACCUGGAGAACCCCUUGACAGCUGCCACGAAGGCCAUGAUGAGGGUCAAUGGAGACGAUGACAGCGUUGCAGCCCUGAGCUUCCUCUACGAUUACUACAUGGGCCCCAAGGAGAAGCGGAUACUAUCCUCUAGCACUGGGGGCCGGAAUGACCAAGGAAAGAGGUACUACCAUGGCAUGGAAUGUGAGAUGGACCUCACCCCCCUUGAAAGUCCCACGCACCUCAUGAAAUUCCUGACAGAGAAUGUGUCUGGAACCCCAGAGUACCCAGAUGUGCUCAAGAAGAGUAGCCUAAUGAGCUUGGAGGGGGCUGCGCCCGCCGCGGGCAAGGCAGCUCUCCUCCCCCCAGGCCCCAGCAAGCUGGAAGCCGGUUCUGUGGACAGCUACCUGCUGCCCACCAGUGAUGUGUAUGAUAAUGGCUCCCUCAGCUCCUUGUUUGAGAGCAUUCACGGCGUGCCUCCCACACAGCGUUGGCAACCUGACAGCACCUUCAAAGAUGACCCACAGGAGUCACUGCUCUUCCCAGAUAUCCUGAAAACGUCCCAGGAACCCCCGUGUCCAGAGGACUAUCCCAGCCCCAAGAGUGACUUUGAGUACACUCUGGGCUCCCCCAAAGCCAUCCACAUCAAAUCAGGCGAGUCGCCCAUGGCCUACCUCAACAAGGGCCAGUUCUACCCUGUCACCCUGCGGACCCCAGCAGGCGGCAAAGGCCUUGCCCUGUCCUCCAACAAAGUCAAGAGUGUGGUCAUGGUGGUCUUUGACAACGAGAAGGUCCCGCUAGAGCAGCUGCGCUUCUGGAAGCACUGGCAUUCCCGGCAGCCCACAGCCAAGCAGCGGGUCAUCGAUGUGGCGGACUGCAAAGAAAACUUCAACACCGUGCAGCACAUUGAAGAGGUGGCCUAUAAUGCACUGUCCUUUGUGUGGAAUGUCAACGAGGAGGCCAAGGUGUUCAUUGGCGUCAACUGCCUCAGCACAGACUUCUCCUCACAGAAGGGGGUGAAGGGUGUCCCCCUGAACCUGCAGAUCGAUACCUACGACUGUGGCUCAGGCACCGAGCGCCUGGUUCACCGUGCUGUCUGCCAGAUCAAGAUCUUUUGUGACAAGGGAGCAGAAAGGAAGAUGCGGGAUGACGAGCGGAAGCAGUUCCGGAGGAAGAUCAAAUGCCCCGACUCCAGCAACAGUGGCAUCAAGGGCUCCCUGCUGUCGGGCUUUAGGGGCAAUGAGACCACCUACUUGCGGCCUGAGGCAGACCUGGAAACUCCGCCGGUGCUCUUCAUCCCCAACGUGCACUUCUCCGGCCUGCAGCGCUCUGGCGGGGCGGUGCUCUCUGCAGGACACAGCAGCUCCAACAGGCUGCCUCUGAAGCGCACCUGCUCGCCCUUCACCGAGGAGUUCGAGCCUCUGCCCUCCAAACAGGCCAAGGAAGAUGAUCUGCAGAGAGUUCUGCUGUACGUGCGGAGGGAGACGGAGGAGGUGUUUGACGCCCUGAUGUUGAAGACCCCGGACCUGAAGGGGCUGAGGAACGCGAUCUCUGAGAAGUACGGCUUCCCCGAGGAGAACAUUCACAAGGUCUACAAGAAAUGCAAGCGAGGAAUCCUGGUCAACAUGGACAACAACAUCAUUCAGCACUAUAGCAACCACGUCGCCUUCCUGCUGGACAUGGGGGAGCUGGACGGCAAGAUCCAGAUCAUCCUUAAGGAGCUGUGAGGCCUGCGCGCCCCCCUCCCCCCUCGGACCUCUGGGAACGGGCUCCAGGCCGGGAGCCAGCUGGGACGCAGUCCCUCGCCGCACACACCCUCUCCUCCCGCCGAAGGAAGAGGCCCGGGAGUCCCUCCCCCGUGUGUCCAGGCCAGGAAGGGACCUGGGAGGUGUUCUGAUCGGAACACCCUUGUCGUGCUUGGAUCUGCUCUCUGAACCUCCUGCCACACCUGCCCAGCAGUCAGGCCAUCUUGAUGACGUGCCCAGCGGACUCCUGCCUCCCAAAGACUCUUCACUGCCACCCAUCUCCGGCAGGCUGCAUUCCCCGGGGGGAUGCGGACCCUAUGUCCCCAGGCUCACCCGACGCUUCGCUCCAUUCUCGAUUCUUCCACCAUCUUCAGACCAGUGAUUUCUCUUCCUCUGGUCAGUUAGUUACCCUGAAAACACUGGAUUUGCCGUGCAAAUGCCUUUUAAAAGACACUGUGGUGGAAACACUCCUCAGAGACUCCCUCAACCCAAGAGGGAGAGGAGUCGACCAACUGGAACGAAGGGGCCACUCGCUGUUGUACACAUUUCUUAUUUACAAUUGUCAUUUAUGUGAUAUAUAUAAAUAUAUAUAUAAGUAUAUAUUGUGUAUAUAUAUGCAACAUUUUAUAUUUUUCAUGGAUACAUUUUUAUCAUUUCAAAAAAUGUGUAUUUCACAUUUCUUGGACUAUUUUUUUAGCUGUUAUUCAGUUAUGCAUUUUGUAUACUCAUAUGGUAUUUAGUAAUAAAAUUCUACUUAUGUAUUACUUCAAA